AUGAAUCAUUAUUAUCUUCAGCAGAAUGAUUUGGUAACGCUUGAAGAUAUGAGAGGCCAUGCUACAAUUUCUGAUCAAAAGGGCACUGUAAUUUGUCCUAAGCCAAGGCGUUUUGGGGUUGUUCCUAACAUGCCCACAAGGCCAUUAAGAUUGACAUUUUGCCAAGAAGGUGAAGGGCCUGAUUCAAAAGCAGGGGCAGAACUUCUAGACAUCAUUUCCAAGGAGAGAUAUGACGAAGAACAACAUGCAAAUAAUGAAGCCUCAUCAUCACCUCCUUAUUUUCUUGGUUCUCCUCCUGUUAGAGCAGACAACCCUUUUAUCCAAGAUGCCCAAUUUGGAUAUGAAAAGGACACUCCUCAAUCAACACCUUCAAUUUCAUCAUCACCAGGUUUAUCCUCUCCAUCUUCUUCAGCAUCAUCAACAUCAUGUUUAUUAUCUCCAUCUUCCCCAUUAAGGAAAGGAGGGUGUGUUAGAAUGAAGUUUGGAAUUAAAUCAGCUACGGUUAGAGUUGUAGGAUUUAAUUGCCACGUUCCUGCUUUUGCCUAA